AGGGAGGGCAGGAUUUGGGGAGGGGGGUGAAAGAAAAGUAGGGGAAAUGGAAAUGGGAGCCCUCCCAAGGGCUGAGACUUGAACCGAGGCCCCUGGGAUUCCGCGUCUCUCUGCCAGUUCCGGGUUCCCCCUGGCAGGAAUCUCUGGGGUGCCGCGAUCCUGGCUCCCCUUUGGGUGGAGAAUCAGAGAGAGGGAGUCCAUGGAAGGGUUAAAGGGGGCGAGAGAGGCCUGGAUAGUCUCCCUUCUCUCCCCCCUCCCUGCUCACCUGGCGAGGCCCCUCCGAAGGUUGGGAGGGGGAGGGGCCGCCAUUCACAUUCCCGGAAGAGGAGCAGGUCGGCAGAGGAGGAGGAAAAAGAGACAAGAAGCAAUGGAGAAGGCCGCCAGAAAUCUGGGGGACCAUUUCAAUGCAAAUAACGAAGAAGACAUUAAAAAACCAUUUCAAUGCAUGGAGUGCGGAAAGAGAUUCAGUCAGAGUGGAACACUAAGAAGACAUCAACGGACUCACACGGGGGAGAAACCAUUUGAAUGUAUGGAGUGUGGAAAGAGCUUCAGCCAGAGUGGAGAACUUAGAAUUCAUCAACGGAUUCACACGGGGGAGAAACCAUUUAAAUGCGUGGAGUGUGGAAAGAGCUUCACUGAGAGUGGAAAACUUAGAAAUCAUCAACGGAUUCACACAGGGGAGAAACCAUUUGAAUGUAUGGAGUGUGGAAAGAGCUUCAGUUGGAGUGGAGAACUUAGAAUUCAUCAACGGAUGCACACGGGGGAGAAACCAUUUAAAUGCGUGGAGUGUGGAAAGAGCUUCAGCCAGAGUGGAGAACUUAGAAUUCAUCAACGGAUUCACACGGGGGAGAAACCAUUUGAAUGUAUGGAGUGCGGAAAGAGCUUCAGUCGGAGUGGAGAUCUUAGAAUUCAUCAACGGAUUCACACGGGGGAGAAACCAUUUAAAUGCGUGGAGUGUGGAAAGAGCUUCAGUCGGAGCGGACACCUUAGAAUUCAUCAACGGAUUCACACAGGGGAUAAACCAUUUGAAUGCAUGGAGUGUGGAAAGAGCUUCAGUCAGAGUGGAACACUUAGAAUUCAUCAACGGACUCACACGGGGGAGAAACCAUUUAAAUGUAUGGAGUGUGGAAAGAGCUUCUGCCAGAGUGAAGAACUUAGAAUUCAUCAACGGAUUCACACGGGGGAGAAACCAUUUAAAUGCGUGGAGUGUGGAAAGAGCUUCAGUCGGAGCGGACGCCUUAGAAUUCAUCAACGGAUUCACACAGGGGAUAAACCAUUUGAAUGCAUGGAGUGUGGAAAGAGCUUCAGUCAGAGUGGAACACUUAGAAUUCAUCAACGGACUCACACGGGGGAGAAACCAUUUAAAUGUAUGGAGUGUGGAAAGAGCUUCUGCCAGAGUGAAGAACUUAGAAUUCAUCAACGGAUUCACACGGGGGAGAAACCAUUUAAAUGUAUGGAGUGCGGGAAGAGCUUCAGUCAGAGUGGACAGCUUAGAAUUCAUCAACGGACUCACACAGGGGAGAAACCAUUUAAAUGUAUGGAGUGCGGGAAGAGCUUCAGUCAGAGUGGACAGCUUAGAAUUCAUCAACGGACUCACACAGGGGAGAAACCAUUUAAAUGUAUGGACUGUGGAAAGAGCUUCAGUAGAUGUGACAGCCUUAAUUUACAUAAUCAAACUCACACAGGGGGGAAAACCUUUGAAUGCAUGGAGUGUGGAAAGAGCUUCAGUCAUAGUGGAACACUUAGAAUUCAUCAACGGAGUCACAUGGAGGAGAAACCAUUUGAAUGCAUGGAGUAUGGAAAGAGCUUCAGUCGGAGUGGAACACUAAGAAUUCAUCAACGGACUCACACGGGGGAGAAACCAUUUAAAUGUAUGGAGUGUGGAAAGAGCUUCAGCCAGAGUAGACACCUUAGAAACCAUCAACGGAUUCACACGGGGGAGAAACCAUUUAAAUGCAUGGAGUGUGGAAAGAGCUUCAGUCAGAGUGGAAGCCUUAGAAACCAUCAACGGACUCACACGGGGGAGAAACCAUUUAAAUGCAUGGAGUGUGGAAAGAGCUUCAGUCAGAGUGGACACCUUAGAAACCAUCAACGGACUCACACAGGGGAUAAACCAUUUAAAUGCAUAGAGUGUGGGAAGAGCUUCAAAUGGAGUGGAAACCUUAGAAUUCAUCAACGGACUCACACGGGGGAUAAACCAUUUGAAUGCAUGGAGUGUGGAAAGAGCUUUAGUCAGAGUGGACACCUUAGAACUCAUCAACGGACUCACACUGGUGAGAAACCAUUUAAAUGCAUGGAGUGUGGAAAGAGCUUCACUUAUAGUGGAUCACUAAGAGUUCAUCAACGGACUCACACGGGGGAGAAACCAUUUAAAUGCAUGGAGUGUGGGAAGAGCUUCACUGACAGUGGAACACUUAGGAAACAUCAACGGACUCACACGGGAGAGAAACCAUUUAAAUGCAUGGAGUGUGGAAAGAGCUUCAGUCAGAGUGGUGAACUUAGAAAACAUCAACGGACUCACACAGGAGAGAAACCAUUUAAUUGCAUGGAGUGUGGAAACAGCUUCAGUCAGAGUCGUGAACUUAGAAACCAUCAACGGAUUCACACGGGGGAGAAACCAUUUAAAUGCAUGGAAUGUGGAAAGAGCUUCACUGACAGUGGAACACUUAGAAAACAUAAACGGACUCACACGGGGGAGAAACCAUUUAAAUGCAUGGAGUGUGGAAAGAGCUUCAGUCAGAGUGGAAACCUGAAUUUGCAUCAUCAGACUCACACGGGGGAGAAACCAUUUAAAUGCAUGGAGUGUGGAAAGAGCUUCACUGACAGUGGAACACUUAGGAAACAUCAACGGACUCACACGGGGGAGAAACCAUUUAAAUGCAUGGAGUGUGGAAAGUGCUUCAGUCGGAGUGAAGACCUGAAUUCACACCAUCAAACUCACACAGGACAGAAACCAUUUAAAUGCAUGGAGUGUGGAAAGAGCUUCAGUGUAAGUGGAACACUUAGAAUUCAUCAACGGAAUCACACUGGGGAAAAACCAUUCCAAUGCAUGGAGUGUGGAAAGAGCUUCACUAAUAGUGGAACAUUUAGAAGACAUCAACGGAUUCACACUGGGGAAAAACCAUUCCAAUGCAUGGAGUGUGGAAGGAGCUUUAGUGUAAGUGGAACACUUAGAAAACAUCAACACAUUCACACUGGGGAGAAAACAUUUAAAUGUACAGAAUGUGGAAAGAGCUUCAGUUGGAGUGGUGACCUUAGAAACCAUCAACGGACUCACACAGGAGAGAAACCAUUUAAAUGCAUGGAGUGUGGAAAGAGCUUCAGUUGGAGUGGUGACCUUAGAAAACAUCAACGGACUCACAUGGGGGAGAAACCAUUUAAAUGUAUGGAGUGUGGAAAGAGCUUCAGUCACAGUGGACACUUUAGAAUUCAUCAACGGAAUCACACUGGGGAGAAACCAUUUAAAUGUAUAGAGUGUGGAAAGAGCUUCACUGAGCGUGGAACACUUAGAAAACAUCAACAAAUUCACACAGGGGAGAAACCAUUUAUAUGCAUGGAAUGUGGGAAGAGCUUCAGUUGGAGUGGACACCUUAAAAUCCAUCAACGGACUCACACGGGGGAGAAACCAUUUAAAUGCAUGGAGUGUGGAAAGUGCUUCAGUAGGAGUGACAAGCUGAAUUUGCAUCAUCAGACUCACACAGGAGAUAAAGUAUUGAAAUGCAUGGUGUGUGGAAAGAGCUUCAGUCAGAAUGGUGACCUUAGAAAGCAUCAACGGACUCACACAGGAGAGAAACCAUUUAAAUGCAUGGAGUGUGGAAAGAGCUUCACUGAUAGUGGAACACUUAGAAAACAUCAUCGGACUCACACGGGGGAGAAACCAUUUAAAUGCAUGGAGUGUGGAAAGUGCUUCAGUAGGAGUGACAAGCUGAAUCUGCAUCAUCAGACUCACACAGGAGAUAAACCAUUUAAAUGCCUGGAGUGUGGAAAGAGAUUUAGUCAGAGUGGAAAGCUUAGAAUUCAUCAACGGACUCACACGGGGGAGAAACCAUUUCAAUGCUUGGAGUGUGGAAAGAGUUUUAGUCAGAGUGGAAACCUUAGAAAUCAUCAAUGGACUCACACGGGGGAGAAACCAUUUCAAUACAUAGAGUGUGGAAAGAGCUUCACUGAGAGUGGACAUCUUACAAAACAUCAACAAACUAAUACAGGGGAGUAACCAUAUAAGUUCCAGGGAAGUGGACAGAGGUUCUGUUGAAGUGGAAGUCUUACAAACCAUCACAAGACUCCGAGGCCUAAAAGCUGUAAGAGUGGAAACUACAAGCAAUCAAUUAACUCAAAGAAGAGAAAUUGUUUAAACAGAAGUAUUGUAGAUUUUACUUUGAUUAUUAUGGAACGCUUUUUAGACUGUAGAACCUGUUUCUCUCAAUAACAUUGAUGUUAGAGAAACUGUCCACUCGGAGAGAAACAGGUUCUACACUCGAAAAAGCAUUCCAUAAUAAUCAUAAUAAUCAAAUAAUAAUCUCUGUGUAAUUAAGAAGAACAGAGAGACUCUGGGUACAGCUAUUCCAGAGAAUGGGUUGUUUGUGCUUAGAGACUGUUCUGAAUAUUCUGCAGUAGUUAGUAAUGCUCAAAAAGUGUUUAAGAAUGAGCCUAUGCACAAAAACUGCAUUCAUUUACUUCACCGCAGAUUAGGACAUGCUAAUUGGGAAAAUGUGUUGAAAAUGCCUGAUUUAACUGAAGGAUGCAAGUUGCAGAAUUGUGAAAAGUAUCUAGACUGUAACGUUUGCAAGAAAGUUAAAAGUCACAGAGGUUCUUAUCCUAGAAGUGACAGGGUGUCUGAAGUCCCGUUUCAGCUAGUCCAUGCUGACGUGUCAGGACCGUUCCCUGAGAGCAGGGGUCGUUCAUGUUUUGCCCUUAUAAUUGUGGACGAUGCCACACGUUUUGGCUGGUGUUAUCCCAUGAAGCACAAAGGUGAAGUGUUCACCAAGUUUAAAGGUUGGGUUGCUAUGGUUGAAAGGCAAUUUGACCGUAAAGUCAGGAAACUCCAAUCGGACAGAGGAGGAGAAUUUAUGUCUGGGGCAUUCCAUAAUUGGCUUCAAAAUAAGGGCAUAGGGCAUAGGAAAACAAAUCCUUUUAGUCCUGAAGAGAACGGCCUUGAGGACGCAGGUCUUUCAAUUGUCUUUGGGCGGAAUUGAUGUUAACUGCUAAUUAUUUGCAGAACAGGUUGUUCCAUAGUGCCAUUGGUACAAUGCCAUACUUCGAAUUGUUUAAAAAACAGCCUACAGUUGACCACCUGCAUACAUUUGGAGUACAGGCAUGGGUACACAUUCCCAAAUCCCAGAGAAGCAAAGGUGACCCUAAGUCCAAGCUGCUUGUGUUUGUCGGGUACCAAGAUCUUGGCAAAGGGUACCGGUUUGCUGAAGGGCUGAGUGGGCUUGUAAUCUCCAGACCAGAAACGCAACAUUUUGUGAGCAAAAGGGCUGGGAGAAACUGCACGCUAACUCAGAAGUCUGGUUACAAUAUUCUCAAAAGUUUACUGGCACUAAAGAGCAAAGAGGAGGGAGUACAGAUUCUGAGGGGGAGGAAGAUAAGGAAGUGCAGGUGCAAAGAGGAAAUAAAAGAGUGUUAUGUUCAGACUCAGAGCAGGAGGAUAGUUCGCCUGUUGCGAAGCAACGGCAAGGGGGGCUGCAGACUGAGGGGGAUGGGAGUAAAGAGGAAGAAAGUUUUUUCUCCGAGACGUUCUAAGAGGGAGAACAAGGGAAUUCCUCCGAAAAGAUUUUCCCAAGAUACAGUCAAUGUUUUUCAUGUAGCCUGUGAACCUGGAGGUUCCAGGAGGUUUUGAAACUUCCAGGGGAAGAAGCAAAUCUCUGGAUGCGGGCCAUGAGAGAAGAGAUGGAUUCUCUUAAAGAACAUGAUGUUUUUACAGCCAUGUCACCACCCAAAGGAGUCAUGACCAAACCAUUGGCAUGUGUAAAAAAAAAAGAAACUGAUGUGCGAAAAUUUGGGUUUGUUUGAAAAAAUGAGUUAAAAGCACUUUGCUUAUGCUCAGGAGCUAAUUGCUUAGGUGUGUUCACUGUGAGGGGUGUUAGAGAUUUGACCUCUCUGUGUGAACGUGCAGCUCAACACACCACACCAAUUAAGCACCUGGUUAAUGACUCAGCUCUGCUCGUAGCUGAAAUCUGCCCAGAGAUAGUAACCUAGCAACAAUUUCAGAGAUAGUAACCUAGCAACAGCUAGUUGAUCGGUGUAAGGAACAAUAAAGAUAGAGACCAACAUGUGCUCAGUGUGGAGAGUUAGUGGAGAUGGUGUAUGGUGUGAGAGGUUUGGUUAAUGCGAGAGAGAGAAUUAGGAUUACUGAUCUAUGUACUGUUUGUUGUUUUCUUGUAAAUAAACCUGUAUAUAGUUACUCAGUACUAGUAGCAGUGAGUUCCUGUGUCAAGCUACUUGCCUUCAACUGCGACCAGGAAGUUUUCCCUGUGCCUGUGCUUACUCUGCUGAAGUCCAACUGGUGUAGUUGGCAUUUACAGACAGCCUACAACAGUUUUGAGAGUACAACUCCCAUCAUCCGUGACCACUGAACCUGUUAGCUAGGGAUGAUGGAAGUUGUAGUCCCAAAACAUCUGGAGGGCUGAGUUUGAGGAUGCCUGACUUAAUGUGUGUGAAUCUGGAGUGGUGGGGAUGAGUGAUGAUGAGAUGAGGGAAAGCUGGUUUUUGGUUUUGUGGAAGAGAAUUGGAAAUGUUUGAAGUUGGGACUGAAGAGUUGUGAAAAGUGGAGUGUGAGUCUCAUGAUAUUGCUUUGGAAGCAGGGCUGGUAGUAGUAGUAGUAGUAGUAGUAAUUGGAAAUUGAGAGAGCGGUUGCUGAACAGCUUGGCAGGAUUCUGGAGGAAACAUCAGCUUUGGAACCAAUUCAGUCCGGUUUGCAUUAUGGUUUUGGGACCGAGACAGCUCUGGUCGCCCUAACAGAUGAUCUCUGUAGACAACUGGACCGAGGGAGGUCGGGACAGCUGAUUCUCUUCAAUUUGUCAGCAGCCUUUGACAUGGUCGAUCAUGAUCACCUGGACCACCGCAUAGCCCGACAAUGGCUGUGCUCUUUUAUCUCUGGUUGGGGACUAGGGAGGCUCUAGGGAGGGAGAUGCCGCCGCGCCACUCCUUGGUGUGUGGAGUGCUGCAGGGCGCAAUCCUCUCCCCGAUGCUUUUUAACAUCUUUCAUAGAAUCAUAGAGUUUGAAAAGACAACAAGGGCCACCCAGUCCAACCCCCUUGCCAGGAUUGUCCAGAGCUUUGGGCUGCGUUGUCACCAAUAUGCUGAUGACACUCAGCUCUAUCUGUUGAUGGAUGGCCAUACCGACUUGGCCCCAGACACACUGACCAGAUGCUUGGAAGCUGUGGCUGGAUGGCUACGUGGGAGCCGGUUGAAGCUAAAUCCUUCAAAGACAGAGGUCCUCUGGCUGGGACGGGAUGGCAUGGGAAUGAGGGACCAACUCCAUUAUAUUGUGGGGGCUGCCCUUGAAGCUGUCGCAGAAACUCCAGCGGGUGCAGAAUGCUGCAGCGAGGCUCCUCACAGGGUCCCUGCCAUGAGAGCAUAUUCACCCAGUGCUUUUCCAGCUGCACUGGCUCCUGGUGGAGUACAGGGUCAGAUUAAAGGUGCUGGUCUUGACCUUUAAAGCCCUUUACGGCCCAUAACCCUCGUACUUAUGGGACCGUCUCUCCCGGUAUGCCCCGCGGAUGACCUUCAGGUCCAUAAACAGUAACACCUUAGAGGUCCCAGGCCCGAAGGAAAUCAGAUUAGCCUCAACUAGAAGCAGGGCCUUCUCAGCACUGGCCCCAACCUGGUGGAACGCUCUGUCUCCUGAGACCAGGGCCCUGCGGGAUCUGAUUUCUUUUCGCAGGGCCUGUAAAAUAGAGUUGUUCCACCUGGCAUUUGGCCUGGAGCCAACCUGAUCCCCCCCCCCAAUUUUCCCUUUCCCUUCCGUAUGAGACUCCAUUUUUAAUUUUAAUUUUAACGUAUUUAGUCUUGUUCUUAAGUUGUAUUUUAAUCGGUUUUAUAUCUUGUGUUAGCCGCUCUGACCCCGGACUUGGCUGGGGAGGGCGGGGUAUAAAUAAAAAAUGAUUAUUACUAUUAGUAGUAGUAGCAGCAGCAGUAGUAAAUAUGGCCUGCCCAUCUGGCUGGGUUUUCCCAGCCACUGUAGACAGCUUACAGGUAAACUAAAACCAUGAACAAAAACAUCAAGCAUAAUAAACCUCCUGAUAAAGGGCUACCUUCUGAUGUCUUCUAAAAGUUGUGUAGUUCUUUAUCUCCUUGACAUUGGAAGGGAGGGCUACUGCCAAGAAGGCCGUCUGCCUGGUUCCCUGUAACUUUGCUUCUCUGUUUUAUACACACACACACACACACACACACACACACACACACACACAGAGUGGGGCCUCGCAAGACGAAAUUAAUUCGUUCCGCGAGUCGUUUCUUACUGUGAAAAUUUCGUCUUGUGAAGCGCGGUUGUGCAAUUUAAAACAAACCGGGGGAAAUUCGGCUUGCGAGUCUCCAAAAAAAAAUCGCAAAGCACUUUCGCCUUGCGCGUUUUUCGUUGUGCGAGGCAUUCGUCUUGCGAGGCACCACUGUAUAUAUUCUCCCACCCCCAGAGGCUGGGUCCAUCUCUAUGCUUCACAGAUGACCUUCAGUGCAAACUUGGGCGGGGGUGGGACACCCCACUUUGGGGCUGGCUUGCCUGGAUCAGCCCCUCCCCUCCCCCUCAACUAAUCCCCAGAAUGAAGGGGGAGGGGGGAGCCCUUCCCUACUCUUCUGAUGUGGGUUGUGUGAAGCACCAAACCAUUAUCCCACAGGAUCCACCCGUGGAUCCCAUAUCUGUGGGAACAGAGGAGAGAAACAGAACAGCCCACCCCCCUGUCCUAAAAUGCCUCACCAGAGCAAAGCACCUGCUCUUCCUGAGACUGGAGUGAGUGAUGGGGGGAAGAGGAAGAAAAUGGGCAGAGAACCCCCUCCAAAUGCAGUGUGCAUGACUGCAUGUCUUCUGGCAGGGAGAACAAUCCACAGGGGAGGGGUGUGUUUCAGCAAGGUCUGGAUGUGACCCAGUCAGCCUGGCCAGACCUCCAUCAUGAUUUGGCUGUGUUGCCUGGAUCAUGCCUUAACAUCCUCAAGGAAGGAUUCAUUCUUUUCUGGUAUCUUUAUCUGGUGGUUUCCCGCCUCUCCCUAUGUUGUACCUUAUUUCUGUGCCUCAUUAAAAUAAA